AUGCCUAAGGCUCGAAGGAAAAGAAAACAUCAGGUGGAAGAGGACCUGGUCGAGGGAAAUUUGGAAGAUGUACCAGAGAAACCUGCGGAAAAUGAUUGCAUUUACGCAAACAACUUGGCGGAUAACUGCACUUCGGAGUACUACGAAUGCUUGCCCAGCCUGCAAGUGGCGGAUAACUGCACUUGGGAGUACUGCGAAUGCUUGCCCAGCCUGCAAGUGGCGGAUAACUGCACUUCGGAGUACUGCGAAUGCUUGCCCAGCCUGCAAGUGGCGGAUAACUGCACUUCGGAGUACUGCGAAUGCUUGCCCAGACUGCAAGUGGCGGAUAACUGCACUUCGGAGUACUGCGAAUGCUUGCCCAGACUGCAAGUGGCGGAUAACUGCACUUCGGAGUACUGCGAAUGCUUGCCCAGACUGCAAGUGGCGGAUAACUGCACUUCGGAGUACUGCGAAUGCUUGCCCAGCCUGCAAGUGGCGGAUAACUGCACUUCGGAGUACUGCGAAUGCUUGCCCAGCCUGCAAGUGGCGGAUAACUGCACUUCGGAGUACUGCGAAUGCUUGCCCAGCCUGCAAGUGGCGGAUAACUGCACUUCGGAGUACUGCGAAUGCUUGCCCAGCCUGCAAGUGGCGGAUAACUGCACUUCGGAGUACUGCGAAUGCUUGCCCAGCCUGCAAGUGGCGGAUAACUGCACUUCGGAGUACUGCGAAUGCUUGCCCAGCCUGCAAGUGGCGGAUAACUGCACUUCGGAGUACUGCGAAUGCUUGCCCAGCCUGCAAGUGGCGGAUAACUGCACUUCGGAGUACUGCGAAUGCUUGCCCAGCCUGCAAGUGGCGGAUAACUGCACUUCGGAGUACUGCGAAUGCUUGCCCAGCCUGCAAGCGGCGGAUAACUGCACUUCGGAGUACUGCGAAUGCUUGCCCAGCCUGCAAGCGGCGGAUAACUGCACUUCGGAGUACUGCGAAUGCUUGCCCAGCCUGCAAGCGGCGGAUAACUGCACUUCGGAGUACUGCGAAUGCUUGCCCAGCCUGCAAGCGGCGGAUAACUGCACUUCGGAGUACUGCGAAUGCUUGCCCAGCCUGCAAGCGGCGGAUAACUGCACUUCGGAGUACUGCGAAUGCUUGCCCAGCCUGCAAGCGGCGGAUAACUGCACUUCGGAGUACUGCGAAUGCUUGCCCAGCCUGCAAGCGGCGGAUAACUGCACUUCGGAGUACUGCGAAUGCUUGCCCAGCCUGCAAGCGGCGGAUAACUGCACUUCGGAGUACUGCGAAUGCUUGCCCAGCCUGCAAGCGGCGGAUAACUGCACUUCGGAGUACUGCGAAUGCUUGCCCAGCCUGCAAGCGGCGGAUAACUGCACUUCGGAGUACUGCGAAUGCUUGCCCAGCCUGCAAGCGGCGGAUAACUGCACUUCGGAGUACUGCGAAUGCUUGCCCAGCCUGCAAGCGGCGGAUAACUGCACUUCGGAGUACUGCGAAUGCUUGCCCAGCCUGCAAGCGGCGGAUAACUGCACUUCGGAGUACUGCGAAUGCUUGCCCAGCCUGCAAGCGGCGGAUAACUGCACUUCGGAGUACUGCGAAUGCUUGCCCAGCCUGCAAGCGGCGGAUAACUGCACUUCGGAGUACUGCGAAUGCUUGCCCAGCCUGCAAGCGGCGGAUAACUGCACUUCGGAGUACUGCGAAUGCUUGCCCAGCCUGCAAGCGGCGGAUAACUGCACUUCGGAGUACUGCGAAUGCUUGCCCAGCCUGCAAGCGGCGGAUAACUGCACUUCGGAGUACUACGAAUGCUUGCCCAGCCUGCAAGCGGCGGAUAACUGCACUUCGGAGUACUACGAAUGCUUGCCCAGCCUGCAAGUGCCUUUUGUUGCUAUUGUUGAACUCGUAGUCAUCGACGAGGGCGUCAAGUUUAAUGACAGCCAUAAUAUCAUGAACCUACACGAUCACGCUUUCCACGUUUUAGGCAUGGACAGGAAACUGUAG